UUUUUUUUUUUCACUGCUAUUAUAAAUGUAUUUGUAGCCUAUAAAUAAAUAUUCAUAUAUUUAUUUGUACAUACCUAUUUAAUCUGAGCUAUAUGUAUAUACACAUAUACUAUAUACACAAAUAUACACAUAAAAUAUGAAGUUAUUUUCAAUAAUUGGACAGUUUUUAUUAUUAUGGGGAUUUCUAUACGUAAUUGUUUUUACAUUACAAAUCAUUACUACAAGAAAAAAGACAGAACGAACAAGAAGAAAAAAUGACAAUUCGCUCUUACCGACAUCCUUUUCACUUAUUGAUCAGCGUAACACAUCUACUCUUUUGGAAAGGGAUCAUUGGUCCAUUAAACUUUUCCAAAUCAAAUAUACCACACAACGACUUAAUAAAUUAUUUAACUAUUUAACUACAAUUGCACCCACAUUUUGGAAAAUUUGGUUUACAGUAGGUGUUGUAGUGGCUGCCUUUCUGAUGAUAGCUGGUUUUUUUAUUAUUCUAUUUGCAGCGAUAAAAAUUAUAUCGAGUCUAGCAGGACAUCUAUUUUCUUCUUCAAAUAGUAGUCAUUACGUUAAAAGAAGCUUUGAAAACACAGCUAGAACAAUAAAUAACGAUGAUCAAGUAUUCCUACCAAUGAUACCCGGUAUUACUUUACCAAUGUCACAUAUUGGCUAUUAUUUAUUAGCUUUGACAAUAUGCGGCCUAUAUCAUGAAGCAGGUCAUGCUAUUGCCUCUUAUAGUCAAGGUAUUCCAAUUCAAAACUCGGGUAUCUUUGUUCUUUAUCUUUACCCAGGAGCAUUUGUGAAUAUUCCAGAUCAACCUUUACAGAAUUUACAACCAUGGAAACAGCUUAAAAUCAUCUGCGCUGGUGUAUGGCACAAUUUAGUCUUAUAUCUUUUUACUUUUUUAUCCUUAGCAGGAGGUCUCAAAAUAUUAUUAUUAUUGAUAGGUUGGCAAUCAUUAGAGAAUACUGGAGGAGUUAGUGUAGUUCAUGUAAGAGCGAAUUCACCUCUAGCUCCUCAUUUACCACCUUCUACUAUCAUCUAUCAAUUGGAUGAUUAUCCUUUAGUUAACACAAUUAAGGAUUGGAACUAUUACUUAUUUGAACGGGAUGGUCAGCAUGAACUUCAACAAGGCUUUUGCGCUGCUAAACCUAUUGAUGAGAAAGAUAAUUCAUGCUGUCAAAUUAAUGAUACUUACCCCUUUGGACAAUCUUUAAAUGCUUCAAUUUCAUGUUUUAAUUUAUUUCCCUCUACUGGUAAAAAGGAUGAUAGAAUGUGCUUACAAACACUUCAAGUGUUGGCAUCAGUAAAUCCUGCUCGUUGUUAUAAAGAUAUAGAUUGCGAAGAAAACGAUAUGAUAUGUGUUACACCAUAUACGCCUUCCGUUGCGGGACAAGUUGUACGAGUUUAUGCUCAAUUCCCAAGCUGGGUUAAAGAAACUGACAAUGAAAAAGUAUUCGUCUUUGAAGGAGAAUUGAUAGAUAUCUGGGAAAGUGUUAAAGUGAGUAUAUUAACACCCAGAUUCUGGUUUUUACCUACAUCUUUACCACAUAUCCUUGAAUUAUUAUUACAGUAAAUAUGAGUAAAUAUAUUUACAAACAUGACAAUAACUCCCCCCUUUUUUUUAUUAUUUAUUAUUACAGGUAUAUUUCAUCAUUUACUCUUGCUUUAUCUAUGUUAAAUAUUUUACCUGCUUUUAAGCUAGACGGUGAAUUCGCUUUAGAACAGUUUCUUAUUCUCUUAUUACAACCUAAAGAUCCAAGCCAAAUAGCAACGCAUACACAUGAAACUCAUCGAUUUAUUCGUAAAAUUUAUAAUUUAAUUGUUAAAAUAACAUCUGUUAUCGUAGGUUUUGUGAUUAUUGGUAGUAUAGUUGUUGGUCUAUUAUUUUCUUCAACUAUCACUAAUUCAUGAAUACAGCCUUUUUUCAAAAUUAUGUCAUACUUUUAGAUGUUAAAGCAUCGUAUUUUUUUUUUUUAUUUUUUUUUUAUUUUUCGGAAAAUUUUGUCAC